AUGGCAGACAUACCUAGACACAUUCGAGCUUGUUUAGAUAUGGGGAAGAUAGCUUUCUUGGCAAUCCUAGUAUCGGGAGGGAUCGUGUUGCAGAUUCUGGCUUGUGCUCUGUUUGAUAACUGGUGGCCAAUGCUAAGUGUGAUAAUGUAUGUGCUUAUCCCAAUGCCAUUGCUCUUCUUCGCUGGAUCAGACAGUACGUCUCUCUACAGCGACUCAGACAAUAGCUGGAUCAAUGCAGCCAAGUUCUUGACUGGUGCAUCAGUAGUUGGAAGCAUCGCAAUACCUACCAUUUUAAAACACGCUGGACUCAUUGGAUGGGGCGCAUUAGCCUUUGAUCUCUCGUCCUACGUUGUCUUCCUAGUCGCUAUUCUAUCUUACAUUUGCAUCGGAGAUGGCAAUGACGACUAUUACAGCUUCAUUUAA